AUGUCAAAGGACGCGAUUUCGCCCGCCGGGAGGACAGACCUUCAGGGUCAACCUCGGUCUCCUGUUGAGAGGCCACUUGCGUCCAAGGGAGAGAAGCAGGAUCCACUAUGUGUAGAUGCCGAGAAUGAGCAGGAAAAUCUCAAGCGGGAUCAAACGACAGCUGUUGAUUAUUCUGGUGCCCACGCAAAGGUUGACCCUCGUGAGAUCGCGCUCGUCAAGAAGCUGGACAGAUGGAUGAUGCCGAUUCUGUGGCUGAUGUACUGGCUAAACUACCUGGACCGCAACGCCAUCACGCUCGCUCGUCUCAACAACAUGGAAAAGGAGCUGAAGCUCCAACCGGGAGAGUACCAAACGUGCAUUUCUAUCCUCUUCGUCGGCUACAUCCUCAUGCAGCUCCCGUCCAACAUGAUGCUCACGCGCGUCCGCCCGAGCGUCUGGAUGUCGUCGUGGAUGGUUCUCUGGGCCGUGGUCAGCACGCUGACGGCCGUGACCAAGGACUACACAGGCCUGCUGCUCACGCGCUUCUUCCUCGGCAUCACCGAGGCCCCCUACUACCCGGGGGCGCUGUACAUGCUGGCGCAGUUCUACACGCGCAAGGAGAUCGCCACGCGCAUCGCCGUGCUGUACACGGGCAACAUCCUCGCGACGGCGUUUGCGGGUCUGAUAGCCAUGGGCAUCUUCGAGAUGGACGGCACGGCGGGCCUGUCGGGCUGGCGCUGGCUUUUCAUCAUCCAGGGCGUCGCGACGCUGCUCGUGGCGGUGGCGAGCUUCUGGCUGCUGCCCGACGAGCCGCUGCAGACGCGGUGGCUGAGCCGGGAGGAGCGGCAGCUGGCGCACUCGCGCAUCGUCGGCGACACGGUGGGCGAGAAGGGCGUGACGACGACCUUCAGGGGCAUGCUGGAGGCGGCCAGGGACGGGCGCGUGUGGCUGUUUGCCUUCAUGCAGCACAUGCACCUCGGGGCCAACGGCUUCAAGAACUUCUUCCCCACGGCCGUCAAGACGCUCGGCUUCGACCAAAACAUCACGCUGGCCCUGACCUGCCCGCCCUACCUGAUCGCCGGCGCGACGGCCAUCGGCUGGUCCUACUCGUCGGGCCGGUACAACGAGCGGACCUGGCACCUGACCGUGGGCAAGUCGCUCGCCAUCGUGGGGUUCGUGCUGGGCUGCGCCACGCUCAACACGGGCGCGCGCUACUUUGCCAUGAUCGUCUUCACCGUCGGCACCUACUCGGCUAACAGCAUCAUCCUCGGCUGGGUGGCCAGCACCUGCUCGCAGACAAAGGAGAAGAAGGCCUCUUCGCUGGCCAUUGCCAACAUGGCCGCCGCCAUGUCCUUCAUCUGGACCCCUUACCUGUGGCCCGACUGGGACGAGCCGCGCUACGUCAUUGCCAUGUCGUCGAGCGCCGCCCUCAGCGUCGCCACCAUCCUGGGCGCCUGGGCCAUGAGGUGGUGGCUGCGGGCGCUGAACAAGAAGAUCCGGGCGUCGGACAAUGAGGCUGUUAUAUUUUACGCUUACUAA